GGAGGAUAGGGCUGGUUUUAGGGAGGAUAGGUCUGGAUUUAGGGAGGAUAGGGCUGCUUCUGGGGAGGAUAAAUCUGGAUUUAGGGAUGUUAGGGCUGGUUUUAGGGAGGAUAGGUCUGGAUUUAGGGAUGAUAGGGCUGGUUUUAGGGAUGAUAGGUCUGGUUUUAGGGAGGAUAAAUCUGGAUUUGGGGAUGUUAGGGCUGGUUUUGGGGAAGAUAGGGCUGGUUUUGGGGAGAAUAAAUCUCGAUUUAGGGAUGAUAGGUGUGGAUUUAGGGAUGAUAGGGCUGGUUUUGGGGAGGAUAAAUCUGGAUUUAGGGAUGUUAGGGCUGGUUUCAGAGAAGGAGGACACAGGGACUGGAGAAGGACACAGGAUUGGAAAAGGAGGACACAGGGACUGGGAAAAAGACCCAGGACUGGAACAGGAGGACACAGGGACUGGAAAAGGAAGGGCCGGUGAGGGAGCAGGAGCUGCCGGUGCCUCCGCAUUCCAGGGGAGCUGCCGAGGGAAGGAGGGAAGGGCCGGGGAGGGAGCCGGAGCUCAUCCCGGGAGCCGGCGCUGUCUCCGGGCUGACAUCAGCGGGCCCGCCCUGCCCGGCCCAGGGCACCUCCCGCCGCUGGAAUUCCCUCCCCGCCCGCCGCAACUCCCACCCUCCGCUCCGCCGCUCCCUUCCCAAAUCCAUCCCUCGCUUGGUUUGUUUUCCCCUUUUUUUCCCCCCCCCUUUCCGUGCCGUCCCCGGGCAGGAGCCGCAUCCCGGCUCAUGACGAACCCGAGCUCAGCCUUCGCCGGCGGCUCCCUGAGCUCGGCUCGGGGCAUGAGCCGGGGUCGGGCCGCGGGUCCCGACGGGGCGGCGACCCCCGAGGGUCCCCCCCGGACCCCCCUGGGCACGGCCGGGCCGCUCCGAGCCCCCCCCCCGAGCCUGGACGUGGAGCCGGAAUUGCAGGAGCUGCGGCGGCAGGAGAAGGACGAGAUCAAAGCGCUCAACAACCAGUUCGUGACGCUCAUCGAGAAGGUCCGACCUGGGGCACACAGGGCUUGGGGGGGACCAACCUGGAGCUGCCCCGGGGUUUUCCUGGGAUGUAAUUCGGGGCUUUUCCCCUUUUCCAGGUACGAGGAUGAAAUCCGGCUCUGCAGCGGGAUGGAAUUCACCUUCAUGGAGCUCAAAAAGGACCUGGACGUGAGCACCCUGCACCGCACGGAGCUGGAGGUGAAGCUCAAGGGGCUCCAGGAGCUGAUGGAGCUCAAGAAAUCCAUCUACGAGCAGGAGCUGCAGGAGCUGCUGUCGGAGCUGAAGGACAUCUCGGUGGUGCUGGGCCUGGAGAGCUGCUGCCGCCUGGACCUGGCGCGGGUGGUGGAGGACGUGAGGGCCCAGUACGAGAACCUGGCCCGGCACAGCUGGGACGAGGCUGAGGCCCUCUCCAGGAGGAAGGUCUGGGAAUGCUGGGAGGAUAAAACAUCCAAACUGCGCUCGGGAAUCGUGUCCCAGUGGAGCCAAUGCCUGUUCCUGGAGGAGCACAUCCGGGAGGCAGGUGAGCAGGGGGACUCAGCUCUCCGGGAUGCCAAGGCCAAGCUGGCGGGGCUGGAGGAGGCCCUGCAGAGGAGCAAGGAGCGCGUGGCCCAGCUGGUCAAGGAGCACCAGGAGCUCAUGAACAUCAAGCUGGCGCUGGACGUGGAGAUCCUCACCUACAGGAAGCUCAUGGAGGGCGAGGAGAGCAGCCUGGAGCAGCCCAUCCCCGCCGUCAUCAGCGCCGUCCGCUCCCGGCCCAGGCCCCUCUCUGCCAGUGCCCGGUGCCAUUCCCGGCUUUUUGCCGGAGCGGGGCAGGGAAUUCCUGGCUCUUUACCCAACGGAGGCGGCACAAAGACCCUCCAGGGGGCCCAGUGACCCCCCCCGGGGGCCUCCUGGGCUCGGAUUCCACCUGGGAAGCUCCUCACCGGGAACAGGGAAGCACCUGGAAACACCUGGAAACACCUGGAAACACCU